AAGUCGGGCAUAGUACGCACGUAACCCUCUAUUCACAACAGGAUCCGGCCGGAGGAACCGGCGACUGGAGGUGCAACGCCACACUUGCUGGCCUGUGCCUCAUUCACCCCCAGCCAGCAGUAACCCCAGUCUCACUCAACCAUCAAUCAUCAGACCCCGGUGACUUCACCACGUCUUUCAUCAAUCGUCUCGCCAUCUCCUCCCAAAGCAGUCCACCGGCAUCGUCUCGCAUUGAAACCCGCGGUCAUCAUGGGCCUCUCCUACAACACAUAUCUCACCAGUGACAAGAUAUACGGCUGCAAGAACUGCAAGACGCACCUCGCCAACCAAGAGGAUAUCAUGAGUCGUAGUUUUAGGGGACAGCAUGGUAAAGCCUUCCUGUUCCAUAGCGUCGUCAACUACGACGCCGGCACUCCCUCGGAGCGGGCCAUGACGACAGGCCGCCACAUUGUCCGGGACAUUUCGUGUCGCCAGUGCAAGGAGACGGUCGGCUGGACGUACGACAGGGCUUUUGAGCCGUCGGAGAGAUACAAGGAGGGCAAGUUCAUUCUAGAAGCUGAGCUGCUAUGUACUGUUUCUUGAGGGCGCCCUGCAGGGCA